AUGAAACAGUCAAAAACAAAAAAUUAUUGGUCUAGACCGCCGCAAUUUAGCUAUACGGUGACAGUGUGCAUUAUGAUUGCUGGCUUUUUAAUUUCGGGUGUGAAAAGCGAGUCUUCAUGCCAAUCUUAUCCUGUUAAUAGAAUAUGUUCGGGAUAUAUAAGGACAAGUGAUCAGGUAUUACUUGCAGACGGCAUGACUUUUGAUGACAUUGAUAAUAAAUUAAACAGCUUAAAACCAUUAUUGGCUCCUGGAAGUCUAUUUCUUGCCAACGACAUUAAUAAUAAUAAUCUUACCAGUAAUGCAUAUGUAAAUUGGGUUUGUGCCAACAUAUCAAGGGACAUACAAAAUUACGAACUAUCUCUGGAUGAUUUGCCGAAUCCCAAUUGCAAUACAACCAUAAGCUCUACAUCAGUAUUCGGUUUAUCCGAUGCCUACAACUUCAAUUACACUAAUAGCGCAGAAGCUUGUUAUUCAGUACGGAUAAAUUCAACUGCACCAGCGAUAUGCUAUCAUCCAUUGAAACCCUGUGAUAAUGGUUGUUGUAUUCCAUGUCCUCAAAGUUACGCUUUUUACAAAAAAGGUCGAUUAGAAAAUUGGUACAAAGUAACGCAGGGCGUGAGGGUAGCUUCGGCAAUCGCGAGUUUUAUAAUGUUACUUUCAUAUUUAGUCUUACCCGGAAAACAAUCACAUCCAAGCAUUUUGAUUUUAUUCACGUCACUGGCGAUAUUUCUGUACUCGUCGAAUGUAUUUUUCUCAAUUGGCGAUGCGCGAAAAAUCCAAUGUCAUACUGAAAAUAUUCCAAGUGAUCAAGAUAAUAACCUCCUAUGUGGUAUACAAGGCGCAUUAUUGAUCUUUUCCACGCAUGCGACAACAAUUUGGGCUGCCGUGAUUAUUUUAAAUCUACAUCUUCACACAGUUUGGAACACUAAGAUUACGCCGAAAAACUAUAUAUACAUGUAUAUUUUUUGCUGGGGUGUCCCUCUGCUUCUUACGAUUAUCCCAUUAGCCACACAUAAAGUGAAAUACGAGUUUGCUACCUUAUGCUUAAUUGAACAGCAAUCAGCGAAUUCCAUGUUCUUUUAUCCAAUUGCUGUAUUUGUAAUACCAAGUUUCUUCGUACAUAUUUUGACUUUUGUUCAUAUUGCAAAGAUUUCAUCACAAACUGCCGUCGAUUCAUCCCCCAGCUACGUCGAAUUCAUAACACAUAAACAUCACGUAAUCCAAGCAGUAAAAAUUCAAUGGCGAGCAUUAGUGCUUGCCAUAAUUCUAUUAGCAACCUCGAUCUUUUAUUGGCUUUUCUAUUUCAUCUCAUUAAGAAAAAUAACGCCUGAAACUUCUAAAACUCAUGAUGCUCUAUUUUCCGACUGGAUAAAAUGCGUUACGUAUGGUAAAGGACAAAAUUACUGUACAAAAUUUGCUGCUGAAAAUAUUCCUUCAUUGGGAUUACUAGCUGCCGCAGAGAUGUCUGUUAGUUUUCUCGGAAUAUAUUUGCUGAUUAUAUUUACGAAUCGGUCGCUGUGGCUUGAGUGGGGACAUUGGUUUAUUUCAACAUUCCGACGUCGAAAGAAACUUGAAGUUCCAAAACAGUUUUUUGCUAUUUAA